ACAGAUAAUAUGAGAUCUUUCUAGCUGCAUCAAUUACAGAACUUUCAUCCCGUCGCCCACAUGUCAGAGCACGCGACUUUUGACCCAACCCACAUCCUGGGGCUAGAUGGUUACCUGAAACCAUUCCUGCCUGCCAUCGAACGUCGUUAUGCCCGUUUCCAGCAGUGGAAGGACACGAUUUUCCAGCAUGAAGGGGGAUACGAGAAGUUCACAAAGGGUUAUGAGGUGAUGGGAUUCACAGUGAAGGAUGACGGCACGGUCGUCUACAGAGAGUGGGCUCCCAAUGCUCAAGAGGCCAAUUUGAUAGGCGAAUUCAACGACUGGAACAGGGCAUCGCAUCCUCUAUCCAAGAAUCAGUACGGUGUUUGGGAAGUCGAGGUACCUCCGAACACGAGCGGCCAGCCUGCCAUACCACAUGACUCCAAGGUCAAAAUAUCUAUGAUUCUACCGUCAGGAACACGUAUUGAAAGGUUGCCCUCAUGGGUUCACCGAGUCACCCAAGAUCUGACGUACUCCCCUGCCUAUGAGUCCCGUUUCUGGAAUCCACCUGCAGACGAGCGUUACCAGUUUAAAAACCCUCGCCCCACUCGACCCCGAUCUCUGAGAAUAUAUGAAGCCCACGUCGGUAUCUCCACUCCAGAACUCCGGGUGGGGACCUACAAGGAGUUCACGCAGAGUACGCUUCCUCGGAUACACAGGUUGGGAUACAACACCAUUCAGUUAAUGGCCAUAAUGGAACACCCUUAUUACGCUUCGUUCGGCUACCAAGUAACGAGUUUCUUUGCUGCUAGCUCUCGCUACGGAACUCCCGAGGACCUUCGAGAGCUCAUCGAUACCGCUCAUGGAAUGGGCAUCAUUGUACUCCUGGAUGUCGUCCACUCUCAUGCAUCUAAGAAUGUUCUGGAUGGCUUGAAUGCCUUUGACGGUACCGAUCACCUAUAUUUCCAUGAAGGCAGUAAGGGCAGACAUGAGUUGUGGGAUAGCAGACUGUUCAAUUACGGGUCCCACGAGGUCUUGAGGUUUCUCCUGAGCAACCUACGCUUCUACUUGGAGGAGUACCAGUUCGAUGGCUUUCGGUUUGACGGUGUGACGAGCACGAUGUAUCUGCAUCAUGGGAUAGGGACAGGCUUUUCUGGCAAUUAUGAAGAGUACUACGGCUCCGACGCAGAUGAAGAGGCAAUCGCUUAUUUGAUGCUGGCCAACGAUGUGGUGCAUACGCUUUACCCCUCAGCAGUGACGAUAGCCGAAGACGUCUCAGGAAUGCCACUCCUUUGUGUUCCUGUCAAAGAAGGCGGAGUGGGCUUCGAUUAUCGCUUGGCCAUGGCCAUUCCAGACAUGUGGAUCAAGCUUCUCAAACAUAAGUCUGACGAGGAUUGGAAUAUGGGGAAUAUAGUGCAUACACUGACCAACCGCAGAUAUGGGGAGAAAACUAUCGCCUAUGCCGAGAGUCACGAUCAAGCCUUGGUCGGUGACAAGACCAUAGCGUUCUGGUUGAUGGACAAGGAAAUGUACACUAACAUGUCAGACUUAACCGCAAUGACUCCCGUAAUUGCUCGAGGGCUUGCGUUGCACAAGAUGAUACGUUUACUCGUUCAUUCCUUGGGCGGAGAAGGAUAUCUAAACUUUGAGGGCAACGAAUUCGGACAUCCAGAGUGGCUCGAUUUUCCCCGAGAAGGCAAUAAUAAUUCCUUCCACCAUGCUCGCCGUCAAUUCAAUCUCGUGGACGAUGAAUUGCUACGGUAUAAAUACCUAAACAACUUUGAUGCAGCAAUGAACCAUCUCGAGGAACAAUAUGGCUGGUUAUCUUCCCCUCAGUUAUAUAUUUCUCUCAAGCACGAGGGAGACAAGGUCAUCGUAUACGAGCGAGCUGGACUUCUCUUCAUCUUCAAUUUCCAUCCAAGCAAAUCGUUCACGGACUACCGCGUCGGGAAGAGGUUCGGCGGGUUUGAAAAUGUGUCGCUUGACGUCAAAUACAGUACGACUCCAGUGGAAUGGAACAACAGAAAGAAUUGGUUGCAGGUCUACAUACCUUCUCGAACUUGCCUAGUACUCGGGAAGAUAUGAUUUACUGCCUUUGGGUCAUAAAAUGGAGUGUAGCGCGCUCGUGGCCUGAAAGAAAAAGACGUUCCAAUACGUUGUAAUGCGUGUAACAUUGUUAUGCUGUCGAAUGUACUAGUUACCACUCCUUGUGAACUUGUG